UUCUAUCUCAGUUUCAGUUGCAGCUAGCUCCUUCCCUAACCGGCCAACCCCUUCCUUCCGUCGUUCUCUUCUCUCCAACAGCGGCUGCCCAACAUGGGACGUGUUCGCACCAAAACAGUGAAGAAAUCCUCUCGACAAGUAAUCGAGAGGUACUACUCCCGAAUGACCCUUGAUUUCCACACCAACAAGAAGGUCUUAGAAGAAGUCGCCAUCAUCCCUUCGAAGCGUCUCCGCAACAAGAUCGCUGGGUUUUCUACCCAUCUCAUGAAGCGAAUCCAAAGAGGCCCGGUUCGUGGAAUCUCUCUGAAGCUCCAGGAAGAAGAACGCGAACGUCGCAUGGAUUUCGUACCCGAUGAGUCCGCCAUUAAGACUGAUGCCAUUGAGGUCGACAAGGAGACCAUAGAGAUGCUAACUGCUCUUGGUAUGGCUGACCUUCCUGGCGUCAUCAAACAAGCCGAUUCAACUACUGCUCCUCAAACCGGUUACGGUAGGGGUGGUGGCUACGGAGGUGGGCCUGCACGGAAGUAUUGAUUCGUACCUAUUGUUUAAUGUUU